GAUUUCUGCUUAGGAAAAAAUUCUAGGCCAAAAGCCCCUAUUUGCACCCUCCAUUUAUUUCUUUUUCACGGUCAACACCUUCCAGAAAUUUUCUUCCCUAUUCACACCUUCCACUUUUCAAAACCCAUGAAAAACCCGUGAAAAACCCAACAUUUUAACGGACCGUCAUGGCACUGUUAAAAAAUGCAUUAUGUGGCACCCAGAAAUUGAUGUGGCACAUGCGGCGUUUCUUUAUUCGUUAAGUUCAGAUGUGGAUUUGCUUUUUGAUGAUGUGGCUUCUUUUUUGCACACGUGGAUGCCACAUCCCCACCAAAAAAAAAAAAUAUAUUUUAGAACAGGAGAACCCAGAGCUCGGUUCCUCCGGAGGAACCCAACUCUGGGUUCCUCGUCGUGAGGAACCCAGAUCAGGUUCCUCACAAGGAACCCAGCUUUGGGUUCGGCGAGGAACCCAGAUCGGGUUCCUCACAAGGAACCCAACUCUGGGUUCAACGAGGAACCCAGCUCUGGGUUCGACGAGGAACCCAGAUCGGGUUCCUCACAAGGAACCCAGCGGGUUCGAGCUGGGUUCCUCCGGAGGAACCCAUGAGGAACCCAGCGGGUUUGAGCUUCCUCCGAAGGAACCCGACUCUGGGUUCCUCGUCGUGAAGAACCCAGAUCGGGUUCCUCACAAGGAACCCAACGGGUUCGAGUUGGGUUCCUCCGGAGGAACCCAUGAGGAACCCGACUCUGGGUUCCUCACAGGGAACCCAGAGCUCCUGUUUUAAAUUUUUUUAUUUAAAUAAGCCACAUCAUCAAAA